AUGGCAACCUCCGUGAUUACUUUGGCUGAAAUCCCGAGCCUAUCCCGGCUCUACCGGACAGGCAAACUUCCUAUCCGGGCAGCUACACCGACUCGAACUACAUCUGUCGCAUCACCAUUAGCUUCCCAAGCCAACAGACAGCCUGUGCAAGCGCUGAAUGAUAUGGUCUCCCUGAUUAAAGAUGAUAUCACCAGGCUGAAAGUUGAUGGUAUUGUCAAUGCUGCUAACCGUGCCCUUGAGGGUGGAGGGGGUGUGGAUGGUGCCAUCCAUCGUGCUGCUGGUGGUUCCCAGUUGCGCGAUGCUUGCAAGCAUUUAGGCGGGUGUGAAACUGGUGAUGCAAAAAUUACUCCUGGCUUUGAUUUACCUUCUGAACGUGUGAUUCAUACGGUCGGUCCUGUCUAUGGAUUGGAGUAUCGUCGGGACCCUGCUCGUCCCGAGGCUCUGCUGAGGUCUUGUUACAGGCGCAGUUUGGAGGUUGCUGCAGAUAGAGGAGUCAGGUCUGUAGCUUUCUCCUGUGUGAGCACAGGUGUCUAUGGAUAUCCCAAUGAAGAGGCUGCGUAUCUAGCUGCGGAUGAAGUUCGACGGUUCUUAACUGCGCCCGAGAAUGCAGGCAAGAUUGAGCGAGUCAUAUUCUGUCUUUUUCAAGAUGUGGAUGAGGAAGCUUAUGAGGAAAUUCUUCCCCAGAUCUUCCCUCCAACAGAAGAGGAUAUCUCAAAUUUGAAUAAGGAUGCUUGA